AUGGGCGGCGACCAACGACCAAAGCGUGGCUACACGACUCACGCCAACUCGACCUGUCACUGCGACAAGUGCGGCAAACUCUUUCAACGCAGCUACAAUCUCAAAGCGCACAUGGACACACACGAUCCACAUCGCGAACAACCGCACGCUUGUCACUAUCCAGGCUGUAAGCGACGGUUUGUGCGACGGACCGAUUUGAUUCGGCACGAACGCAGCGUGCAUUUGAGGGAGCGACAUUUCAGCUGUCCCUUGUGCCAUAGCGCGUUCGCGCGGAAAGACACUCUUCGACGGUACGUGUCCACGUGGAAUCCUGCAUGGGGUUUUGGGCUCGCUUGCUGA